AUGUACCCCGCUGAUGCCGUCAUUGUCAACACCGAGCUCUACGGAGCCAUUGGCCCUUUCAGAACGAUCCAAGCCCACCUCCAUCAUCCCCUUUCCUUCCCUCUUGGUUUUUCUCCUCCCCUACAACCCGGCAGGUUCAUUCUCCACUGGAAGGUCACAACAGGCACGACAGUGAACAUGGCUCUAGAGGCCCAGACACCCGCGGUCUCCGGCGGGUGGUUCGCCGUCGGCUGGUCGGCAACCGGAGCAAUGUACCCCGCUGACGCCGUCAUUGUCAACACCGAAGACUACGGCGACAUUGGCCCGUAUAAAAUGGAGCACGACUCACCGACGGCCAUCAUCCCCUUUGCAAACUUCCUGCUGGGUUCCGCCACCUACACCAGGCCUGCUUCCACGUACCCUGGCGGCGCUACCACGCUUGCCGGCAGCGGCGUUGCCACCUUCUCUCGCAUGGUGGGCACGGGCGACAAGAUCAACUUCGUCAACGGACCCAUGAAGACCAUCUGGGCCUACUCCGACGGCCAAUCAGGCUCCUUCAACGCCGGCCAUGCCGCCCAACCGCUGGGGCACAGGGUGGUGCUGGUGGUGAGUGCUGUGGGGCACAGGGUGGUGCUGGUGGUGAGUGCUGUGGAGCACAGGGUGGUGCUGGUGGUGAGUGCUGUGGGGCAUAGGGUGGUGCUAGUGGUGAGUGCUGUGGGGCACAGGGUGGUGCUGGUGGUGAGUGCUGUGGGGCACAGGGUGGUGCUGGUGGUGAGUGCUGUGGGGCACACGGUGAUGCUGGUGGUGAGUGCUGUGGGGCACAGGGUGGUGCUGGUGGUGAGUGCUGUGGGGCAUAGGGUGGUGCUGGUGGUGAGUGCUGUGGGGCACAGGGUGGUGCUGAUGGUGAGUGCUGUGGGGCACACGGUGGUGCUGGUGGUGAGUGCUGUGGGGCACAGGGUGGUGCUGGUGGUGAGUGAUGUGGGGCACAGGGUGGUGCUGGUGGUGAGUGCUGUGGGGCACAGGGUGGUGCUGGUGGUGAGUGCUGUGGGGCACAGGGUGGUGCUGGUGGUGAGUGCUGCGGGGCACAGGGUGGUGCUGGUGGUGAGUGCUGUGGGGCACAGGGUGGUGCUGGUGGUGAGUGCUGUGGGGCACAGGGUGGUGCUGGUGGUGAGUGCUGUGGGGCACAGGGUGGUGCUGGUGGUGAGUGCUGUCGGGCACAGGGUGGUGCUGGUGGUGAGUGCUGUGGGGCACAGGGUGGUGCUUUUCAUUCGCCAUUGA